CAUUUCACAGAUAAGGCAAGAUAGCAUUGUGUGCAAGCUCUGCUUUCUCUCUGCUUCCUUCAUCAAUGUUCCAACUAAGGGAAAGUGGGGUUGUUUGUUUUUCCUUCAGAGCUAAUCAUUGCAAGUUUUCGAAGACUCUGUGAACUGCUGGGCUUGUGUUUUGAGCCGGACCAAGCCGCUUUCUGGAGAGCCGGCCUGCUGUAGACCAACGAUCCUGAUGCAGAAGUGUGGGUGGUUCAUAAUGUGUGUCCUUCGUGAGUUUUCCCCAGUCCAUCAUGUUUCCACUGGAAUGUCUCCCAACCAUGUAGGAGACUAUCAUUUCAUUGUGGCGUAUACAAUACCUGCAGUACUGACCCUGCUGGUUGGAUUUAACCCUCUUGUCACAGGUAACUUUAUUUGGAAGAGUGUGUCUGCCAUCCACAUGUUCGUUUGCAUGGUGUGGGCUCUCAGCCUGGCCCACCACUUCUUGCUUCAUGCACAGGAGAACAUCUUACACGAAGAAGAAGGCAGGGAGCUGUCUGGCUUGGUGAUCAUCACUGCCUGGAUGGGCCUAUGCUGUAGCUCAUCAGAGAAUCCAGUUGGUGGGAGAAUUCAGUUGGCUCUUGCCAUUAUAAUUGUUCUUUUCCCAUUUAUCUCAUGGAUCUAUGUGUACACAAACAAGGAGUUGCAGUCCUCAUGGCCAACUCACUGCAAGACAGCAAUUUAAAUGCAAAAGUCAUCAUUCUUAAAAAUAUAUUUUAGGUUUCUUAUAAACAUAAGGGUAACAGGCCAGUUUCCCAGCUGUUUAUUCCAGGUAAUGUAAGCUAAUACUAAGAGAAACGAUUUUUUACAGAAAGUUGGGACGAGAAAAUCCUCAAGAACUUUCUAAGGUAACGUGUAAUGUCAGAUUGGAUGAGGCUGAUAAGAGAUGGAGUCCAGCACUCUCUGGAAGGCUUUCUGAAGGGUGUGAUGUCAGAGUACGCUGGGGCAAACACUAAAGCAAAUGUUAAGAGCUCAUUUUAAUUGAGUAUCAGCACUAGCCAUGUGACUUGGACAAGCAAAACUCCAGCCAGGCAUUUCUAUAGAGAUUGAAAUCCUUACAGUAGGAUUACUAUCAGAGCCCCUACUUAUUCUGCUGCAAGGAUCCAAUUAGCAAAUGGGAAAGCAAUAGGGAGAAGGAAUGCCUGUGUAAGUCUGUGCUUGACUAAAACAUCAAGAGAGGGUCGUGGCCCUGAAUUGGCACAGCGCCGUGACCUGAGUGAGCACUCGAGGUAAGCUGCAAGGACAGGCAUGUCUUGGAAAGAUGAGGAAGUUGAAUAGAAGCCAUCCAUUUGGGA